UGGUCGUUGUCAAGGACCGGGAGACUCAGCGAUCCCGGGGUUUUGGCUUCAUUACCUUCACCAAUCCAGAGCAUGCUUCAGAUGCCAUGAGAGCCAUGAAUGGAGAGGGGGUGGAGGGCAGCGGCAGACAGAGCCGGGCUGCCUGGGAGGCGACGACUGGUCCUGCAUGAGGCCGAGAAGCCACCUGUGGAUGGUUGACGUGCCCUGGGCUUAGGUAGUAGAGUCUGCAGAUCUGCGGGCCUGGCCCGGAGAGGACCUCGUGAGUCUUCUGGGAUGGACUCUGAAGCCUCAAACCAAGAGAGGUGUCUAUCUAGCCCUAAUAGUUGGGCAGCUUAGAGGAGUGGGGAGGAGAACUCACCUGAGUUCAGUCAAGAUUCUCUGGAUGGUCGCCAGAUCCGUGUGGACCAUGCUGGCAAGUCUGCCCGGGGCAGAGGAGGUGGCUUUGGAGCUCAUGGGCGUGGUCGCAGCUACUCUAGAGGUGGUGGAGACCAGGGCUACGGGAGUGGCAGGUAUGACAGUCGGCCUGGAGGAUAUGGCUAUGGAUAUGGAAGAUCCAGAGACUAUGGUGGCAGAAGCCAGGGUGGUUAUGACCGCUACUCAGGAGGAAAUUACAGAGACAAUUAUGACAACUGAGAUGAGGCAUACCACACCUAAUGUAGAUACACAAAACACAAGGAAUAAAACUUCUGAUCCAGGAUCGUCCUUCCAAAUGGCUGUAUUUAUAAAGAGUUUUGGAGCUGCACUGAAACAACUGUUUUAGUAUGUCAACUUCUAUUUUUGAAUUGAGCUCCCAAGGUAGCUUGUUAAAGACCUUUUAGAAAGCUCCAUCUGUUUUUAUUUUUUUCUCUCCCAUUUAAAGACAAAUUCUGGAACAUUUAUAGAGUCUGGAAUUUUUCCUUUUACCCGUUUUUUGUUUUAAGUCUGAGCUCUCAGGAGUGGUCCUGGCCAAAAAUUGAAAAUUUUGGCCAGACUGUCUCCCCCUCCCCCACAAAUAAUGUGCAUCUAAGAGACAUUUUUUAAAACUUGUAUACAGUGUUUAUCAUGGUUAAAAAGCAAUUUCCAGAUAUAAUUGCAAUAAAUCAAGAGCCUGGUUACUUGGAUUUUUUUUUUUUUUUACUGAAGAUUACUGCCCUGAUUAUAUAGAACUUUCUUAAAAUAAUUAUGAAUGUCAUUUUUUUAAUACUGGAAGAAAAAAUAUUCUGUUGUGUUUCAUGUAGUGUUUAGGAUGUCUUUCAUGGAGCUGAUUAAAAAAAUGAUACCUAAAAAAUU